AUGGCCACAAUUCUCGUCCUCGCCCUGGCCCUCCCCGCGUCCUCGCACCGCGGCCGGCCGCGACCCGGGGUGCAGCGGCGCUGGGUGCGCACCGCCGCGCUGUCGGCCUACUACUUUUUCGUGUCGGGCGCCAUGGCGGUGCAGCUGGUCGAGAUGGCGCGCCUGACGCAGGCGCGGCUGGGCGUGUCCAUGAUCCCCUUCUCCGUGGUCGGCUCCGUGCUGGCCGCGGCGAGCUUGGCGGCGCUGCAGCGCUUCAUGGGCGGCGAGGAGGGCGCCAUAGGGCCGCUGGCCAGGCAUGAGGGCAUCUACCCCGUCGAGGACCAGAUAGCGGACAACGCGGCCCUGGCUGGCGUGUGCGCGGCGCUCGCGGCGCUCGAGCUGGUCCUCGGCCUGGCCGUGCUGCCCAGCGUGGGCAGGGUCGAGGGCGUGGCGCACAUCGAGCUCGCCGACAAGUGA